CCUCUUUCUGAUGCUUCAAGUCGUACUCGGUCCUUCUCUGUAUAAGGAAAGGUGCGCGCGCAGGACAGCAAUAGCCGCGACAACAAAAAUAUUGGCGCAUUUCAGAGCGAGUCUUCGAAACGGACGGGUGAGUGUAACGUGAGUGCGUCAAGAAGAGAAAGAAGAAGAGAGAAACAAGUGAAAACAAAAAAAGACAAAUAGAGAUUCAAGAGUUUGCAGUUAACUGUGAAAUAAAAGACGUUAAACGAGUGUGAACUACUGUUAUUUAAGUCAUUUACAUUGAAAAUCUAAAGAGUUUUAACAAUCAAGAUGGUGUCCGGAGGAAUGGCCUGUGUGAAAUAUCUUCUAUUUUUAUUUAACCUGAUUUUUGCUAUCACAGGAAUCGUCUUCAUUGUUGUUGGAGCUCUGAUUCUUGCUAUGUACAAUGACUACAGUAACUUUAUGGACAAUUGGUUCUUUGCUGCACCUGUCUUGAUGAUUGUCGUUGGCAUCACAGUCUUCCUCGUUUCCUUCUUUGGAUGUUGUGGUGCAGUCAAAGAACAUCAUUGCAUGAUAAUUACCUUCUCAGUUUUGUUGUUGCUGAUCUUCGCGAUGGAGCUUGGCGCAGGCAUUUGUGGUUACAUGAUGCGCAACGAAGUAGGCAGGAUGUUACAGACUCGUUUAAACAACACAAUGUCGCUUUACACGAGUGAUCAAAAGGUUCACAAGUCUUGGGAUGUUUUACAACAUGAUUUCAAAUGCUGUGGCAUCAAUGGAACAUCCGACUGGGCAGUUUUAUUCCCGAACAUUGAAUUACCUAAUUCCUGUUGCCAUGAAAUGCCACUCAAUCAAAAAUGUGACUCGAAUUCUGUCACCGUUAGUACUGAAGGAUGUAUGAAGAAGUUAAAAUCUGCUAUUGAAGACAAAGCUAUCAUUUUAGGAGCUGUAGGCAUAGGAAUUGCCCUUGUUCAGCUCAUCGGGGUAAUAUUCGCUUGCUGUUUGGCUCGAUCAAUUCGUCGUGAAUAUGAAACUGUCGAGACCACAGCACACUGAUGAACUACCAGUGAAGCAUAACAUUUCAUAUGAAACUAAUAUUGUUCAUCAUGCAUUAGUAGAUAAAUAAUGAUAAUUUUAAAAUUGCAAAUGAAAACAAAUUCAUUGAUUACUUAAGAAUUUUAUUGCGACUUGAAUUUGAACAUUUAUCGUGCUUAUUGAACGUGUUUAGCAAGAGAGGAAUGAUGCAUAAAUGCAAAAUACGUUGGAUCACUUACCAAUAAUGUUGUUACGAAGACUCAUAAUUACAUCAGUUUUUUAUUAAUUAAUUAAUGAACAAUAAAUUAUAAAAAAUCUCUAAACAAUCGAAAGUUUUAAUAACAAAUAUAUCUAAUGUGAAAAAAACAAUCAUACAAACGAAAUUAUUCAUAGCGUAAAUAAAAAAAAGUAUUUCAAAUUGUAAUUAUUUUAUCAAAUGGCAUAAUGUAUUGAAAACUAAUAUUAAACAACUGAUGUUAUUAUAUGAAUGAUAAUAAUUAGUCAAAGCUCAUAUCUUCAAGUGCAUAUAAAAUGUCAAAAUAAAUUAAUCUGCGUGUAAUAAUAAUACAAAAAAAAACUCGAGGAAGAGUCUGAUUCAACUGCCAAUUACCGCCAAAAUGAAUUUUAUUAUAUAAAUAAGAAAAAA